AUGGCAGCUUUCAACCUCACCCACUCUGAUCCUUCACCAUUUAUCCUAAUGGGCAUCCCUGGACUGGAAGCUGCCCACAUCUGGAUUUCCAUCCCUUUCUCUAUGUUCUACGUUUUCAGCCUGUUUGGAAAUUUCAUGCUUCUGUUUGUUGUAGGCAAAGAGCAGACCCUGCACAAGCCGAUGUACCUGCUGCUCUGCAUGCUGGCACUCACAGAUAUCGGCAUGUCUACCUCUGUCAUUCCAAAGGCACUGUGUAUAUUUUGGUUUAAUUUGAAAGGCAUUACUGUGGAUGGCUGCCUCACCCAGAUGUUCUUCCUUCACAUGCUAACUGUAAUGCAGUCAGCCAUUCUUGUUACAAUGGCCUUCGAUCGCUAUGUUGCCAUAUGUAACCCUCUGAGAUACGCCACCAUCCUCACCAAUGCACGAAUAGCUAAGCUAGGGCUUGUGGGUUUGACAAGAGCUGUUCUUUUCAUUCUGCCCCUUCCUCUGCUCCUCAGCAGGCUGCCAUUCUGUGCCAACCGCAUUAUACCCCACACGUACUGCGAGCACAUGGCUGUGGCAAAGAUGUUGUGUGGGGACAUCACAGUCAACAGGACAUAUGGCUUGGUGAUAGCGCUUGUAGUCAUCUGGUUAGACCUGAUGCUCAUUGCCCUGUCCUAUGGUCUGAUCAUCAGGGAUGUCCUCAGAAUCUCCUCCAAGAAAGCCCACCAGAAAGCCCUCAACACCUGCACAGCCCACAUCUGUGUGAUGCUGAUGUCUUAUAUUCCCUGCCUCUUCUCCUACCUGACACAGAGGUUUGGUCAAGGAAUUGCUUCCCAUGUACAUGUCACCUUCGCUACCUUCUAUCUCCUUGUCCCCCCCAUGCUCAACCCUAUCAUUUAUGGGGCCAAAACCAAAGAGCUUCGUGACAAAAUGGGCAAAUACAUCUGCAGAAGUUUAUUGCCGGGGGCCACUGACUUUAAAGCUGUGUGA